AGAAGGGAAUGGGUAAAAACUCAAAAACCAUAAAGCUAAUAAAAAUAAAGAGCGACAAAAAAUUGAGGGGCAAAUAAAAAGUAGAUUGUGAGUAUUUUUUUUUUUUUUCCAAUCCGAAAAGUAGAUGUUGCAAUGACGACCCACCUUCUUCCAACUUCAACCACUCUUGUUCUUCUUCCUCCCUCCACUCGUCUCUCUAAAAAUAAUAAUAUUGCAGCUCAAUUUUGCUUCCCCAAAACCCCAAGAUUGAGAUUUUCAAAGUGGCAAUGUGCUGCUGCUGUUUCCCUUGUUUCUCAGCCGCCAAUUCCUCAAUCUGAAGUAGGAGGAGUCAGCAACAAUGGCAAGCCCUUUCCAGCUGAGGUUUCCAGGACGAUUCUCGAAUUAUCUUCGGUUGGGACAUUAUCCACCCCGACCCAAGAUGGUUGGCCUUUAGGGAUUGCUGUCCGUUUCGCUGUUGACCCUCAUGGAUCUCCUCUAAUCUUUCUCAAUCACUCCACUUCCAAAUUCGCACCCGAUUCCAAGUCUACCCUCCUUGUUCAGUUAGAGCAAUAUGGGUUGCGGACACCACAGUGCACCAUACUGGGGACGCUACAAAAACCACUAGAUGCCACAGCUUUGAAGAAGCUUCAUUCAGUUUGGGAAAAACGAUUUGGGCAUGAAGUAGAUGAGGAUCGCUUAUUUUCGCUUUCUGUGGAACGGGUACUUCAAAUUGAAGAUUUUGCUGAGGAUGGAAUUUGGGUCACUUCAUCAGAGUACAAGUCAGCAAACCCUGAUCCUCUUCGAGACUUUGCAGAAAGAAUGAUAGAAGAGAUAAAUACUAACAAUAGAGAAGAUAUCUUACGGUUUUGCAACAUCUAUAUAGAUUUGGAUUUCCAGGUUUGCGAUGCGAAGAUGCUUUGGGUUGAUAGAUUAGGUUUUGACGUGCGGUUCAGGUCUCCUCGGAAUGAUGUAUUUGAAGCUCGUAUCCCUUUUCCGAGAGAAGUUAGGGAUGAGAAGGGUGCAAAAUCAUCUUUCAACUGUAUGUCUCAGCUUGCUUGGGAAGUAGAAAAGAAUUUCCAUGCUGCUGAGUUUGAAAAGGUGAAACAACUGAAAAAGAUGGAGCACGGAGGACUCUGAAUCAAAUUUUGGGCAUGUCUUUGCAGUUUUUCUUAUGCAAUUUGUCAUAUGUUGAUGUACCUACCAUACAUACUUUAUUCUGGGGUGAUGAAUGUUAAUAUUUUCAUUAGAAUUGCAGCGGGAAUGUAAAUGUGGUGGAAGAACAUGUUCAUCAUCUCUUGAUAAGCUGCCGGCUAAUGAUGUUCUUCUCUUAACAUUCCAAUCGAAAAGCUUAGUUGGGUGA